AUGAUAAGAUCUGAGAUUUCCAAGGAAGACGCGUUGCACGUGUGGUUUUCGUCGUGCAUCACAUCGUUUUUGUCGUGCACCUGGACGGUAUCGUUAUCACUCCUGUUGUUGUCGUCGUCUAUUGUAUCGUUCUGUGUCGUUCUCGUUGUGCAUCGUAUCGUUUUCAUUGGCAUUGUCCCAAUGCAAGGUGAUGGAGUAAACCAACUGCCGGCAAGUAGACGUUGGCUUCAAGCCCACUGCGCUCUCAUAAAAAGUGGGUCUGGUAAAGUAGAAAGUUCGCAGGUCAGACGGAGAAAGGGUGCUCAUCCACCAGUCAAGUCUGCACCAUAUCCUGGACCAGAUGCAGCUCAGGACCAGCUUGAUGGGCAAGUCGAGUUUCCAGAUGAUCCUCUCGAGGAUGUUGAUCAUCAUGACUAUGAGCUUGGGGACUUGGACCACCAUGAGACCCAAUCCACUGGACAUACACCCCCACCUGAUGAACCCAAUACACCCCUGCCCAAUGAACCCAAUACACCUCCACCUGAUGAACCCAAUACACCCCUGCCCAACGAACCCAAUACACCUCCACCUGAUGAACCCAAUACACCCUGCCAACGAACCCAAUACACCUCCACCUGA